UUUUUUUACCUCUCUAUGCCUUGUGACUGUUUUUUGGCUGGUUUAGAAUGUCCACCGAGGAAGCAAAAGAAUAUCUAACCAAGACAAAAAUAGAGGAAUAUUUAAGUGAGUUAGUCCGCCAACUUUGUUUAGAAAAGCCAAAGGACCCUUACAACUAUAUACUGAGUUAUGUUAACAAUAAUAAAUUAGAGUCGUUAAAAAAAGACGAUCCAGCGGCCUCAAAAUUGUCUUCCUCUUCGUCUCCGAAGCAUGACAUAUCCAGAGCCAGGAGGGGUGCUGUUAGUGGCACUGUCAUGUCUGAAGAUGAAUCAGUAAACUUUAAAAGGAUUGUAAUACCAAAAGAUUUUGAAACCAGGAAUCGAUUGAAAGAAGCUAUCUCUACUAAUUUUCUUUUCAGUCAUUUGGAUGAGGACGAUAAAAGUCAAAUUUUUGACGCGAUGGCCCCGUGUGAAUUUAAAGACGGAGAUUAUAUUAUUAAGCAAGGAGAAGAAGGGAAUAAUUUUUACAUUAUGGAAUCGGGGAGCGUCGAUGUUUAUGUUCAAAAAGGCUCUCACCCGCCUGCAAAAGUUUCUUCUAUAGGAAAGAACGGCAGUUUUGGAGAGCUUGCUCUUAUUUACGGCACCCCUCGAGCGGCCACCAUCAAGGCGAACGGCGAUGUUAAGUGCUGGUCACUCGAUCGCGACACGUACCGCCACGUGGUCAUGGCCAAUACGAUCCGCAAGAGACAGAUGUACAGCGACUUUUUAGAGAGAGUUCCAAUUUUGGAGCCGCUGGACCAUUGGGAGCGGCUGACGGUGGCGGACGCUCUGGAGCAGGCUACUUUUCAAGACGGAGAGACGGUAGUGAAGCAGGGCGAUAGAGGAGACGAAUUCUAUCUCAUUAUUGAGGGGGAAGCGGUGGUGACACAAGAUCUGGGCAACGGUCAGCCCCCCAUAGUAGUUGGCCGGCUGGGGAGAUCGCAGUACUUUGGCGAGAUUGCCUUGAUCACCAACAGACCGAGAGCAGCCACGGUGACCGCCGCAGGCCUUUUGAAAUGCGUUAAACUUGAUCGCGAUCGCUUUGAAAGGGUUCUCGGUCCCUGCGAAGAACUGCUAAAGCGCAAUAUUCAAGCUUACAAUAGUUACAUUUCACUAAAAGUGUGA